AUGCAAGAGCGUGCGUGGUUGUGGCUCGGCCUUGGCCUCGGCGUCGUCCGCGCGGCCUGCCCGUACGAAGGCAUGUCCGGCACGAUCCUUGCGGCCGAUGCGACCUGCGGCAAGGCAUAUAAAGUCUGCGGCGUCAACGCGAGCUGCGAUAUCAUCACGCACUCGGUCAACUUCACGCUCCCGACGUACACGGGGUGGUCGGCGAUCGGCAACAUGGAGUCGUACCCGCUGGACGAGCUAACGGUCAAGGACUCGGAGGCCGUGACGAUCCGCAAGAUGUUGCUGCCAAAGACACUCACCUACCUGUUGUUUGAUUUGUUCGAUUGUACAUGA